ACCCCUACAUUUAAAUGCUUUGGAAACGCCUCUGCCUGUGGGACCCUAUUUUGAGGUCUCUCUAAUCUUCACCUGAAAACUAUUCGAAUCAAAACCCUAAUUCAAGUUAGCGAAUCCCAAAUUCAAAAUUCGUGUUCAUUAAUGUUCAUUAAUUUCAAUAAUUUAGUUUAAAUUCGGUGAUUCAAUUGUUCUUCACAGUAAUGGCAAAAUCUCGCAAAUCGCAAGAAGAAAUUGCGAUUGAAGCAAUCAAUCAUGCUUUGAAAGCUCUUCGGAAACGCCAUUUGCUUGAAGAAGCCGCUCAUGCUCCUGCAAUUCUCGCACUUUCUAGACCUAUCAUUUCUCAGGGUUCUGAAUGGAAAGAGAAAGCUGAGAACUUGGAAUUGGAACUUCAGCAAUGCUAUAAAGCGCAAUCUCGGUUGUCGGAGCAACUUGUUGUGGAAGUAGCUGAGUGUAGAGUUUCAAAAGGUUUGCUUCAAGAGAAAGAAACUGCAAUUGUUGAUAUGCAGAAGGAGUUAACAGAAUUGAGGGAUGAGCGCUGUCAAUUAAAGACGGAUUUGGAACAAAAGGUUAAAGAAGUAGAAUUACUUCUGGGUGAGAAUUCAGAACUUAAAGCACAUCUAGAGCAGAUGACUAUCAAAGCCAAUGCAGCUGAAGCUGAAAAUAAGAUGUUGAUUGACCGCUGGAUGUUAGAAAAAAUGAAGGAUGCUGAACGCCUAAAUGAGGCAAAUGCACUAUACGAAGACAUGGUUCAGAGGCUAAAGGCUAGUGGCCUAGAACAACUUGCUAGGGAACAGGUGGAUGGAAUUGUUCGCCGAAGUGAAGAAGGUGCUGAAUUCUUUUCAGAGUCCGACAUUCCUUCCAAUUGCAAAUACAGGCUAAAUGCACAUGAAGGAGGUUGUGCUUCCUUAUUGUUUGAGUACAAUUCUAGUAAAUUGAUUACCGGGGGACAGGAUCGUUCAGUUAAAGUGUGGGAUACUAAUACAGGAUCCUUGAGUUCUAGUCUUAAUGGCUGCCUUGGCUCAGUAUUGGAUCUCACUAUCACCCAUGAUAAUCGAUCUGUUAUUGCUGCAAGCAGCUCAAACAACUUGUAUGUGUGGGAUCUGAGCUCAGGCCGUGUCCGUCAUACCCUUACUGGGCACACAGAUAAAGUUUGUGCUGUUGAUGUCAGCAAGGUUUCAAGUCGUCACGUUGUCAGUGCAGCAUAUGACCGUACUAUAAAAGUUUGGGACUUGAUGAAAGGUUACUGCAUAAAUACAAUCAUGUUUCCCAGCAACUGCAAUGCUCUUUGCUUCAGCGUAGAUGGACAGACCAUAUUUUCAGGACAUGUUGAUGGUAAUCUUCGGUUAUGGGACAUUCAGAGUGGAAAGCUACUAAGUGAGGUUGCUGCACAUUCACUUGCCGUCACGUCAAUAUCCCUUUCUCGAAAUGGAGAUAUUGCAUUGACUAGUGGAAGGGAUAAUUUACACAAUUUGUUUGAUGUACGAUCUCUGGAAGUUUGUGGCACAUUACGAGCCACAGUAAACAGAGUGGCUUCUAAUUGGAGUCGCUCGUGUAUCAGUCCAGACAACAGUCAUGUUGCAGCUGGGUCUACUGAUGGAUCUGUUCAUAUAUGGUCAAUUUCUAAAGGUGAAAUCGUCAGUACUCUGAAGGAGCAUACUUCUUCUGUUCUCUGUUGUAGUUGGAAUGGAAUGGGAAUGCCCCUUGCUUCAGCUGACAGGAAUGGGAUUGUAUCCAUUUGGUCAUAAUAGCGGUUCGGUAAAGCUCAACUUUACAGUUUUCAAAUUGGCUGGCUGAAUUCUUGAUUAAAUUCUUCUUUGUUUAUACAGGACACCAUUGAUUUUUUUGAAUGAUGUAUAUAUUAAUUUUUAACUAAGUGUACUUUCAUUUAGACUAGUUUUUCUCAACAUCUCAAGGGAAGCAUGAAUAACACUAAUGUGCAAAUGAAGCUCUAUUGUAAUAAAGAUACUGAAUGAAAUUUAGGAUUUAACCAUGUCAUUGGCAGACAUGAAAUUAUUCAUUUUAUAA